UGUGUUUGCCAUUUAUGAUAUAUAUUUAUUUUGUUUUUAGGUUAGGGUUCAUAUUUGAUAUUUUCAUCUACAAUUCAAUUUUGUAUAUAUUAUAAUUAUUUUAAUCAAAGAAUUGAUGUAAAAACCCAAACCCUACGUGAUCCACACCAUCUUCAAAAUACAACAUGAAUAAGAACUUGUAUCAAUAAUGAGAAUAAUAAAUCCACAUAAACAGGGUAAAAACCUCCAUAGAUAGAAAAAAUAAGCAUUACAAGAAGAAAAAUAACCCUUCAAACUAAGAAAAAAAGAUUGAAACCCAUCUCAUUUCUAAAAAAUAUAGAUUAUUAUUGCCUUAAAUGGUCAAGAAAAGAAAAACCCUUAACAAAAAAUGAAAAUUUGAUCAUAGUACUUCAAUAAAAACUACACCGACCUACUUUCAAUCAUAACCAACCUUGACUGUCCCCUAAUUCUAACCCGACCCAUUAUUAAUUUCAAACAACCCCAAUCGACCCGGCCCAUUAACGACCCGCACAUACCAUCCAUACCCUAACCACAUCAACACAAGCCAUAUAGCCAAUGAACCCACUAACCAACCAACUAUCCCUCACCACCUCAACCCCAAACACACUCUCUAGUCUCUCCUAAAUUACUUAACUUCAUUAACCAAUGUCUCAAACCACCACAACUUCAACCACCAACCACCGCCACGUGGUGGCGAUGCCAUAUCCUGGAAGAGGCCACAUAAACCCUAUGCUCAACCUUUGCAAACUUAUCCUCUCUAAAUCUAAUAAUAAUAACUUUCUUUUCACUUUUGUAGUCACUGAAGAAUGGCUCGGCUUACUCAGCUCAGAGCCGAAGCCGCCGGCUAAUAUCCGAUACGCUGCACUUCCUCAAGUUGUUCCUUCAGAAGUUGGUCGAGCCGCUGAUAUGGUCGGCUUCAUUGAAGCCGUCCUUACUAAGCUGCAAGAUCCUUUUGAGCGGCUACUUGACCAGCUUGAGCCGCCGCCGACAGCUAUUAUAUAUGAUACGUGGCUAAGUACUUGGAUGGUUAAUGUAGGAAAUAAGAGGAAUAUUCCGGUGGUUUCACUUUUUCCGAUGUCAGCGUCGGUGUUUACGGUUUUCUAUCAUCUUGAUUUGCUGGUUCAACAUGGUCACUUUCCUCUCGAUAUUUCCGAAAGAGGAAAUGAAAUUGUGGACUAUAUUCCGGGACUUCCUUCGACAACCAUUGCAGACCUAACAACAUUUUUCAGUGGAGAUGGUAAAACUAUGUUUCUUCAUGUCCUUGACACUUUCUCACUUCUAAAAAACACUACAUGUCUUUUAUUUACAUCCAUCUAUGAAUUUGAAGAGCAAGUGAUCAACUGUGUAAAAGAAAAACUAGACAUUCCGAUAUACCACAUUGGCCCUAUGAUACCAUACUUUAACCACGAAUCCAAUAACAUAUCAUGUACAAGUACACAGAGUUCUGGUAGCGAUCAAAGCUACUUUCAAUGGUUAGAUUUACAACCAAAGGGUUCGGUUUUGUAUAUUUCACAAGGAAGUUUUCUUUCAAUCUCGAAUGCCCAGAUGGAGGAGAUUAUAGCAGGAAUUAAGGAGAGUGGCGUUCGAUUUUUAUGGGUGACACGAGGUGAUACAUCAAGGUUCAAAGACGUUGUUGGUGAAGUGGGAUGUUUAGUAUCUUGGUGCGAUCAAUUGAAAGUGUUAUGUCAUCCUUCUGUUGGCGGAUUUUGGACUCAUUGUGGGUGGAAUUCUACUUCAGAGAGCAUUUACGCGGGUGUUCCUAUGUUAACUUGUCCUAUAUUUUGGGAUCAAAUGCCGAAUAGUAAGCUGGUAGUGAGCGAUUUGAAGAUUGGAUGGAGGGUUAUAAAUAAUGGUAAUAGGAAGGAAAAAAUUGUUACUAGAGAAGAAAUAGCUAAGGUUGUGAAGAAAUUCAUGGACUCUGACAAUGAUGAGCGAAAAGAGAUGGUUGAAAGAGCAAAAAACUUGAAAAAUACCUUCAGAAGAGCAAUUUCAGAUGGAGGUUCAGCUGCUUCCAAUAUUGAUGCUUUUAUUGAAUGCAUUUCUUGAUAUGCUCUUUCAUUGUAUUAGAACAAUUAGUAAUUUUAACUGAAUGGAUUUCUUUCUAAAAGUGCUGAGAAUAAAAUUAGUUUCUUGUUUUUUGUUUCUA